CCUGAACGCGUCUGUCGCAACACCAUCACCACAAACUUCGCCAGUUGUACAUUAUCUCACUUCGGUGACCUAGAAAGCACGCUUACUGCCUUCCUGCAAAUCGCUUGACAACCACAGAUCAACCUCCCAUCUUUCAGAGCUCUCCAGCCGGAGAUGCUCACCUGCGACACCUCUCCUCUCUUUCACUAAAACACCCAUCCGGGUCACGGUUCUCCAGGAUGUCGUUCAGCUUCAAUCCUCCGUCGUCCUCUGCCGGAGCAAGUGGCCAGUCACUCUUUGGCACAACGAACAAACCGGCAACAGGGGACGGCCUCUUUGGAAAAACUGGUACCUCAGGCGCGAAUACCACAGGAUUCAGCUUUGGUGGGCAGCCUGCCUCUACUGGCACAAGCUCGCAGGGCUUAUUUGGAGCCGCUGGCACGACGGAGAACAGGCCUAAUCUACCCAGUUUGUUCGGCAAUGGCGCAGGAUCAUCUGGGGGUCUAUUUGGUGCCCAAAAGCCUCAAGACGGUCAGGUAGGCGGUGGUUCGACACCGACUUUCUCAUUUGGUACGCCAGAUAAGUCCUCCACACCUUCAACGUCAGCGCCUUCAUUAUUCGGCUCGACUACACCAGCCGCGAGUGGUACCAGCAAUGCUUUUAACUUUGGGAACGCCUCGACUACGCCUGCUGGACCUCCUCCGUCUGGCUCAACAUUCGGCGCAAGCACAGGUGGUGCUGGCCUUUUCGGAGCCAAGCCUGCGGAUAAUCAGUCGAAGCCGACAUUCAGCUUUCCAAAACCUGAGGCACCGGCGACAGGAUCUUCAGCACCAUCAGGUGGACUGUUUGGAUCUAAGCCGGCCACAGGUGAAUUCAGUUUCGGAGCUCCAAAGCCCGCAGAGUCAACUUCAGCGUCUACGCCUGCUGCUCCAGCGACAACUGAAGCGCCGAAUUCUCCCUUCUCCUUCGGGCCUCCUGCCACGACAUCAGCCGUUCCGACUGCAUCAACGCCUGCAACAUCGCAGCAAACGUCGUCCGGGACCACACCAUCAUUGUUCGGCGCAGCUCCUUCUAAAGAAAGCGCAGGUUCAAACCUGUUUUCGAAGCCUGCUGCAUCUGAAACAGCCGCUGCACCCAAACCAGCCUUUUCCUUUGAGCCACCUGCUACCCAGGCGUCAGCAGCGCCGACACAGACACAAACGAGUUCGGCUUCGGCAUCGAAACCACUCUUUGGAGGCUUUAACCAAGGUGGAGCAACGACUGCUCCGGCCGCCACCAGUGCUGCUACUACGACUGCACCAGCGACAUCUACACCAGCCGCGAAGCCAUUUUCCUUUGGUCCAUCGACCACGACAGCAACUUCUCAGCCAGCAACAACGUCAGCCCCUGCUGCGAGCCCAUUUUCUCUUGGUCCAGCCACUACAAGUUCAGCUGCGCAGCCUGCUAGCACGCCCAGUGCAGCAGCGCGAACUGCUACCGCAUCAGCGGCUGGUCAGAGUGCCGUAGGAGCCCAGACUUCGGCGACGGGUCCAUUGCCUCCAGCACAAUCCCGGCUGCGGAAUAAGACUAUGGAUGAAGUUCUCACGCACUGGGCGACGGAUAUGUCGCGCUAUUCCAAGGAGUUCAAGGAACAAGCCGAGACGAUCGCGCGUUGGGACCAGAUCAUCGUCGACAACUCUUCCAAGAUCGACAAGCUCUAUGUGCGGACACGGACAUGCGAGAGACAGACGAUGAGCGUCGACAUGCAACUUGCAGCUGUCGAGAACCAGCAGACCGAGCUGGAAAGCUGGUUGACCAAGUACGAGAAUGACGUCGAUGAGAUGCUUGCCAAGGACAAUGCGAACCCUAGCGAAUUGGGUGGGCCAGAUCAAGAGAGAGAGAGAACGUACAAACUUGCCGAGAGACUGGGCGAGAGACUGGACGAGAUGGAGCGCGAUCUGGGAAGUAUGGUCGAGGAAGUUACUGCUGCCAACGCAAACUUGAGCAAGAAUGGCAAGGCGGAUGAACCAAUCACUCAAAUCGUGAAGAUUCUGAACUCGCACCUCACGCAGCUUCAGGCUAUUGAUCAGGGGACGGUCGCUCUCCAGGACAAAGUAGCUGCGGCACAGAAGGCGGCAAGUAAUCUGGGUUAUCUCCAUGGGUCUAUGAGCCAGGGUAGUGGUGCUGCUGUGCAAGACUUUUAUCGGAGCUACAUGGGCAGGAGGUAGAUUGCGAAUUGCAGGGAUAUCAGCAUUGGUUUCUUGAUCCAGGAAACAGGCCUGAUAUCUGUGCGUAAUAGCUUCAAGCCAGGCUCGAGCAUGAGCACUCGGAGUUGGGCAUGGAUAUUGACUGGAAAUGGCAAAAGGAGUCGACGAUCACGAUUGGAAGUCUGCAGACUCUGCAUUUGUAAAGGAUUUGAGAGACUUAGAGACUGAGUCCCAGCUGAGAACACCACUCAGUAGCGCAGAGUGCAAUACAAUCCAUUGUUGGUUGCAGUCAAUUUGUGUCGGUGUUAUAGCGGUACAAUC